GCCGGGACUGCCUGGGCUGUGCCAAGACAGGCAGUGGGAAGACAGCAGCGUUCGUGCUGCCGGUGCUGCAGGUGCUGGCUGAGGAUCCCUACGGCAUCUUCUGCCUCGUGCUCACCCCCACCAGGGAGCUGGCGGCCCAGAUCGCCGAGCAGUUCCGUGUGCUGGGGAAGCCCCUGGGCCUGAAGGUCUCCGUGGUGGUGGGCGGCCUGGACAUGGUGGCACAGGCCCUGGAGCUCUCCCGUAAGCCCCACGUCGUCAUCGCCACCCCGGGCAGGCUGGCAGAUCACCUCCGCAGCUCCAACACCUUCAGCCUGAAAAAGCUGAGGUUCCUGGUUCUGGACGAAGCGGACCGGCUGUUUGAGCAGGGCUGUGCUGACUUCACAGCAGACCUGGAGGUGAUCCUGGAGGCUGUGCCCGCCCGCAGGCAGACCCUGCUCUUCAGUGCCACCCUGACAGACACCCUGAGGGAGCUGCAGAGCCUGGCUGCCAACAGACCCUUCUUCUGGGAGGCUGCAUCCGAGGUGCGCACGGUGGCAGAGCUGGAGCAGAGGUUCCUGCUGGUGCCUGAGGCACUGAAGGAUGCCUACCUCGUCCACCUCGUCCAGACCUUCCAGGACCAGCACGAGGACUGGGCUCUCAUCAUCUUCACCAGGACCUGCAAGUGG